UAUUCCCCUUUUGUGUUCUUUAUUUGCAUUUUUGUUUUUGACGCAUCCAAUUGGAAACACACCGGUCAAUAGUAGCACAACAAAAGCAUUUAUUUGCUUCUGAAAUUAAAUUUUACAAAGUCGCAUCGUAAGCUAAAUUCCAGUUUUCACCAUGGAGGACCAAGCAUGUCCGCGUUGCAAAACUACAAAGUACCGCAAUCCCUCACUGAAAUUGAUGGUCAACGUUUGCGGCCACACGCUUUGUGAAUCCUGUGUAGAUCUGCUCUUUCUCAAAGGUUCAGGUUCCUGUCCGGAAUGUAUGGUGCCAUUGCGUCGCAACAAUUUCCGUGUGCAACUUUUCGAAGAUCCUAUGGUAGAAAAGGAGGUGGAUAUACGUAAACGUGUACUACGUGAUUACAACAAAAAGGAGGACGACUUCGCUACGCUGCAAGAAUUCAAUGACUACUUGGAGGAAAUCGAAACUAUUAUCUAUAAUCUCUGCAACAAUAUAGACAUAAUCGGCACGAAUAAACGCAUUGAAGCCUAUAGGCGUGAGAAUCGUGAUGUUAUACAGCGUAAUAAAACGCGUAUGGGACGUGAAGAGUAUGAAUUGGAAGAAAUGCUUGAGUUAGAGCGUGCACAAGAAGAAGCGCGUAAGCAGGAAUUGGCUGAAUUGGAAACUGAACAAAAGAAGAAGAAAGCGCGUGAGAAGGAAGCGCUCAUCGAUGAGCUGAUGUGCAGUGGUAAAGAUGCCUCGGAGAUUGUGAAUGGAUUCGCCGAAAAGGUUGAAAAACUGCGUGAAGAAGAGAAGAAACUGCCACCACCUAAACCAGCAACACAAUUCUCAACGGGUAUAAAAUUUGGGCGCACAGCAGAUCAAAUGUUUCUACCUUUACCAAAAGCGGAGGAGGGACCAUUGUAUGUGCAUAAAGUGCCGACGCUUUACACAGAAGGCCCUGCUCCACCGGCUACUAGCGAAAUCGAGAGCAAAGGUUUCAUUGCACACAUACGGCCCGAAAAUAGCGCUGAACGUGCCGGUGGCUAUAAAGCGAACUUGGCUUGUCAACGUGCAUUACAGGAAGCAUUGAUGGGUCUAUACUAUGGUGCGCCAACGAUUAACUGACAUGAAGUUGAAAAUAAAAUUGUAAACGAAGAACAGUUGCAAAGCAGUGUUUGAUGUUUGUAAACUGAAUUUCACACACUAUAAUUUAACCAACUACUAUAGACAUAUAGAUAUAUGUAAUUAAGUAAUUUAUAAGAGAUUUACAAAACUUGCUACACAUUGAAAUGUUUCCUUGAAUACCUGCCGUGAAAUAAUAUGCAAAGUUGAAAGUUCUUUUUAUUGUUGUUAUUAUUAUACUCUCGCAACAAAAGUUGCUAAGAGAGUAUUAUAGUUUUGUUCACAUAACGGUUGUUUGUAAGUCAUAAAACUAAACGAGUUAGAUAUAGGGUUAUAUAUAUCAAAAUGAUCAGAGUGACGAGACGAGUUGAAAUCCGAAUGUCUGUCUGUCCGUCCGUGCAACGGAUAACUUGAGUAAAAAUUGAGAUAUCUUGAUAUCUUGAAACAUGUGUUCCAAAUGUUCCUUGGGACCGUGAGAAGGUUGCAUUCGAAAAUGGACAAAAUCGGACCACUGCCACGCCCACAAAAUGGCGAAAACCGAAAACACAUAAAGUGUCAUAACUAAGCCAUAAAUAAAGUUAUAUAAUUAAAAUUUGGAACAAAGGAUCGCACUAGGAAGGGGUCUAUUUGGAUGUAAUUUUUGUGGGAAAGUGGGCGUGGCACUUGAGAACUACUCGACCGAUUCGAAUGAAAUUCGGUAUAUAAUAUUUUCUUGAUACCCUGCUGACACGUGUGGAAAAUGGAUGAAAUCGAAAUCGGACUAUAACUUUUCAAAGCCCCGAAUAUCGAAUAUGAAGAAUGCAGUUCCCCAUUAAUUUUUCAUCGAAAAUUUCAGUAAAUCUCUCAGGUAUCUUAAUUUAAUUUACAGGAAACAUUUUUCUUUUAAUAGUGCAAUGUCCUCUAGCUCUCAUAUACCUAAUUGUAGGAUUUUCAAAUUGGGUCAAAUUGUGUGUUAUCUUAAUAAAAAUAUAUCAAUAAAUUGCGAGAGUAUAAAAUGUUCGGUUGCACACGAACUUAGCCUUUCCUUACUUGUUUUUUGGUUAUUAUUGACCUGCUAUAAAUACGAAUAUAAGCCAGUUGCAUAGUCCAUGGUGCUGUACAGCAAGUGGUAGUUGUUGCAGCGUAAUACAUUCUCCAAAUGGCUUUAACCAGCAAAGUGCAUUUCUUUGGUUGUGGAUCUAUCUUCCCUUUGCAGAGGCGUGGGUUUUGUUAUUUCAUGUUUUGCUUUGAUGGAUCCUUCUUCACUUAUCCCCAACACAACAUCCAGCAAAUAUUUGAACUGCAUCGCUAACUCACAACAAAUACAAAAACAGCGUACACAAAGUGGAUGUCAUACGAUAUUGUGGAAGCUAUACCAGAAUUCUUACUUCCUUCUCAUCUUUUUCCAUUUUUCAAUAAGUAAAAGCAUUACAACUCCAUUUAAUAUGUUUUGUAUUUUUUUAAUUGUAAUCAUAAGUGUGUUUUUUUUUAUUGAAUACUUGAGAAUGACACGCAUUUUAUUGUUAUAAUUAAGAUUGUUUUUAACUGCGUAUAGCAUUUCACAUAUGUAUGUAUGUACUUAAUUUACUUCAUACUUGACUUACACAUAAAUCGACACUUAACUAUAUGUAUGUAUGUAUGUAUGUAUAUGUAUAUAGUAAACAGAAUAAUAAACAUACACUUUUUAGACAAACACAAUAUUACAAAGUUAUCAUUAAGAAGUGGGAGGAGGGGGUGUAAAUGUAAAAUUAUAAUAAUAAUUUAACGGUUUAUUACAUACCGCUAGCUACAAUACAAGUAAAUAUGUACUUAUGUAUAUAAGUAUGUAUAUUUUAUAUAUAAAUAUUAAUUAAGGUAUAUACGUGUAAAGAAUUGGCAAUUAUUGAAUUUAUAAGGAAAACGUAAUUAAUUAAUAAUAUAAAAUAUAUCAUAUGCAGAUCAUAUGAGAAAGGAAAUCACACACGUUUACUGACAUGUCUACCAAACAGUUGACAACUCAAAGCUAAAAAUAUAUUUAUGAACGAUACAAUUGAAUUGCAACAAAUCAUUAGGACUACAAGCUAACAUAGCGUAAAACAAACAAGCAUACAACGAUUUUGUAAGAAAAUUAUACAAGCAAAAUUUACUUAAUACAGUUAUAGAGCGCAAAGAAAGCUAUUUAGUGUGAUAAGUGAAAAAUUAGAGCGCAAGUAGUACAUAUUAUUAACACUUUUUAUAAGUAGACGCGUUUCGUUUUAUACAAAUUUAUUCGCUUUAACUUUUUUCAUUACUCUUCAUUGCGGUAAAGGAGACAGAAAAUAUUUUUUAAAAUAAUUUUAGCAAUUUAUCUUAAUUUUUUGUUUUAAAAUAUUUUUUUUUUGCCAAAAAAUUAAAUUUUUUCUCUGUUAUAUUAUUUGAAUAAGUUUUGGUGGACUUUAUUGCACUUUCAGCAAACAUCAAGUGGAAUAUUGCAAAGUGUAUUCAACAAAGUGAACUAAGUAUUUGACAUACCCGCUUUUGACAAUAAAAUAGUAAACAAUACAUGUAUUUGUUUACAUUAACCCGUCUUUUUUAACUUUAACAAUAUAAUAUAUAUUGAUAAAAUUGUUUGCAAUUUGUCAGUUGGAGCACAAAACCUUAGUAAAUUGCUUCCAUGAGUUGUUUUGCCAAAGCAGAAAGUAUUCGACAUUUUCUUUUAUUCAUUUAAAAAAUAUUUUUUUUUUUUUGGUUUGAAAUUUGUUUACUUUUGAAUUUCAAAAUUUGAAUUUUUGAAUAAAUGUAUGGGUUAAAUCAAUGGCAACAAACAUGUCACAUUCGGGUAAAAAAUUGUGAUAUGUCAUAUACCUGGUUCACUUUGUUGAAUACACUUUGGAAUGUUGUUGCUGCUUUACAGUAUAGUGGCAUUUAGUUCUAAUAUUACUAUGUUAAUUAUUGUUGUAAUGAUUGCAAUUUUUUACUUGAUUAAUUGUAGUGUUUGCAACUAUUUUAUUUUAUUGAAUUUGUUUAUUAUUAUUUCUUUUUGAGUUUCCAAUAAUACCGUUGUUUUUAUAACUAAAGAGCAGCUAAAACAAAGCACACGCAAUGAAAUUAAAUUAAAUUAAUUAACACAAGAACAUACAAAACAAUAAUAAAAUAUUAAUAUUUUUUCUU